CUGAGGUCUUCUCCUACCCUAAAGCCCCGUGACUCCAAGGCUAGAUAGUAGCUUAAGUCUCUUCCAGUUUUAAAAUCCUGCCAAUCUCUGAUCACAUUCUCAGUCUUCAUGAGAGAAUGUUAAUAGAGUGAACAGGUAUUUUCUGAACAUCUUGUGUGUGCCAGGAUGUGCAAAUGUUACAAAGGUGAAUAAAUAGUCCCUGCCAUCCCAAGAGCUCACCACCUAAUGUGGAUCAAGUUAUAGUGCUGUAAGAUAGUUGCUGUAAUGGAGGUGUGUAUACAGAAGGGUGAUCCAAGGAUGACUGGGAGGCAGUGGAAAAUUGAGAAAUAAACACCUGAGAAGAAAUACUGCCUGAAGGAUGGGUGUGGAUUUGUCUAGUGGUUGAGGGACAGGAAUGGGCAACAUAAAAGAGAAGAAACAGCUCAUGCAAAAGUACGGAAGCUUGAACAGUCAGGGAAUUACACUAGGGAGGAUGCAAGGCUGAAAACUGGAAGGCAGGGGAUCAACUUAUGGAGCGCUUUGUCUGUCACGUUUAAAUUUUGUGUUGUAGCUAUUGAUGAGCCUCUGAGGAAUUGUGACCAGGCAGGUGACGUUAGAUUUCUGUGUUUGGAAGAUGACUUUGGUAGCAGUAUGAUGAGUGGAUUGGAAGGAAGUGAAUCUAGAGGCAGAGUGAUCAGGUACCAGAGUUAAAAUAGUGGCAAGGUGGCAAGUUAACUGCUUGUUAACUUGUCACUCUGCUGUGUAGUAUUUAUAAUUGACAAAACGUCAGGUGGUCCUGUAGUCUGUGGUCCUUUGAGUGGUUGUCAGGGAGGUACAAAUGUGUAUCACUGUCCCCUGAGGCUACAUAGGCUAAAGUUGGAUGGAGGGUUUGAGAAGGGUUUGGUUAUACACGUGGGCAUUACUUCCAUAACCAAACCAAACCAAACCUGCUGCCGUCAGGUCCGUUCCAACUCAUAGCGGCGCUAUAGGACAGAGUAGAACUGCUCCAUAGGGUUUCUGCCAACCUUUAGGUUAGCAGCUGAAAUUGGACAAGGUGCCAUGGAUUGCAUGGGUUGCAGUUUCCCACAAAACUUCCCAUAUUUGGUUUUGUUUCAUUAAUUAUUAAUCACACUUGUUUGAUUUGAUUGCUCUCACUGCUAAAGGAGGUGAGAGAAGUAAUCAGAAUUCUCUUACAGGGGGUACAGAUUAUCAUUUUGAUUACCUUUUUUUUAUCCCCCAGGUUCAGCUUCUCAUCUUUCUCCUUCAUGUACUACGGCAUUUUCUGUGGUUUAGUCAAAAAACCAUGUUAAGUUGCCUGUCGUUUGAAGACUGCUUUUAAGGCCUCUGAUAAGACAGCUGGUAAGUCUCCUAGGAAAAAACAUGUUUGUCUGUGUUUCUUCUUCACCCUAAAAGCACUUGUCUUGGAUUUAUAAAGUGGUAUUCCACCAGCAUUACUUUGCAUAUUUUUUUGUUUGUUUUUAAUAUUUUCAUUUUUUAAUGUUUAAGAGAAUAUUUGUAAUGAGAAAUUUCUUUGAAAAGUGCAUGGAGUUUUUUGGAGGAAAAACUUUUUGUAUAAAAGCAUAUACAUCAAAAACUUUCUAUGUAAAAGUGUACACACCAUAUCAUAGUAAUUAAUGUAUGAAAGUAUACUGUAUGUACAUAUCUGUGAUACUAUUUAAGGUCCCUGACUGGUGCCAAUGGUUUGUGAUCUUUUGCUAGCCUAAAGGUUGGCAGUUCAAACACCCCCAGUGAUGCCUCAGAAGAAAGGCCUGGCGAUCUGCUUUCGUAAAGAUGCCAGCCAAGAAAACCCUAUGGAGCAGUUCUAGUCAGUAACACAUGGGGUCUCCAUGAGUCGGAAUCGACUCAUCGGCAAUGAGUUAUGAUAGAAUUUGGGGUUUGAGAAGUGAAUUCUGUAGCAUUCUUUAAAAAUUUUUUUUAAAAGGUUGUCUGAGUACGAUAAUGAGGCCUGGUAAUACUAGGCAGGCAUGGGUAUUAGAAACUUUUGAGAUUGGCUGAAAGAGUUGGUGGUAGGAAGAAAAAGGGAGGGGCAGUUGGAAGAGAUAGGGAAUGACAGAAGUCUUGAGGAGCAGUUGGGGUUUAAUAAAAACUGAAAUGAAAAGGAAUGGGGAUAAAUGGUGUACUUUUAUUAAGGAACAGGAAAGGAAUGGGUGCAGCAAUUAAGGACAGGUGGAUGCUGUUGUUCAGCCAGAGAAGUUGAGAUGGCUGGAGCUAUUAGGCACCAGAGAAGCAGGAAUUAGCCCAGCUGUUAUUCAUUAGAAACAGAGACUCGUAUAGCUGUGUGAUGUAGCGUUGGUAUAAGAUUUCAAAAGGGAGAAAUACAGUUAAAACUAGAAAUACAGAGAAAAAGUGGGUAAAGCUUUGCAUACAGAAAGGGAUCACAAGAGUUGACUAGCAAUUGGGAAAGGGGAGCGAGGACUUAAAGAGGAAAUUGGUUCUCUGCUGUUACAGAGCCCGUUUAUGAGAUAUGGAUUUGUCAAUAUCUCUGUCAUUCCUAUGGGAAUAGAAAAGGCUUUAUCUUUACAGCUUAUGAAAUCCUUGUAUUAUAUACUUACUGAGUUCUUUGAUGGACCUGUAUUUUAUGAGAUAGUAUUAAUAAGAGUUGCUGAGUUAGCAUAGACAAAACCAAGAAAAUUACUUUGUUAAUAGGACCAUACAUUAUGCAAAAAGAGGAGGGUUGCGGCUCAGUAAGUCUUACAUUGAAAUUAGAAAAUAGAAAUGCUGUAUACCAAAUUCUGAGAUGAUAGGAAAUGUUUCUAUAGUUAAUAGUUUGCUUAAGUAAGCUUAAGAAAUUUAAACAGAAAUCAUGAAAAUAAUAUCUUUCUGCCUCUCACAAACAGGGCUUAGAUAAAUGAGUAUCUUUUUUGGAUGAGCUACUGUGGAGUAUCCUAUGUGUUGGUCAGCCAUAACUUUACCAGGGUGAUUUGGGAUUAUUUAAUUACCAGAAGCUGGAGGAGGAUAUUUUUUUAGAGGUUACUUUAGUUUCUAAUAUAAUAAUAAUUGCUGACAUUGAACACUUACUGUGCAUCAGAUAUUGUUCUAAACACGUUACAAAGUAUUUGUGUCUAUAACAUAGCUGAUGUUAUCAUAUCCAUUUUACAGAUGAGGAAACUUAAGCAUGGAAAGGUUUAACUUGACAAAAGCCACAAAGUAGGUAGUAGAGCCAGGAUGCACACCUUGCAAGCCUGAGCUCUUCACCUCUGUGUUAUACCAAAAAACGCCAAACCCAUUGUGGUUGAGUCGAUUCUGACUUAUAGGGACCCUAUAGGACAGGGUUUCCAAGACUAUAAACCUUUACGGAAGCAGACUGCCACAUCUUCUCCCAUGGAGCCGCUGGUGAGUUCAAACCAAUCACCUUUUGGUUAGCAGCCGAGCUCUUCACCAAUGCCUCUUAAUCUGAUCAUCCCUCAGCUGCUCGUUAUUGCCGCUUAGGGCCUGAUGGAGUUAUUGAGAUACAUCUUCCAUUUUCCACGAACGUCUUCUCGUUUUAGAGAUUUUUGUCUUCAGUACUAAAUGAUUAUAUUUUUCUUUUGUUGUAGUCCUCCUCUCCACCACCACCCCCAAAUUACAGAGAACAAGAAAAUCCUACAAGCAAUUUUCUAAAAGACAGUAUAAUUGAAAGGUAAUUCAGAAAGAGCUGCUGCUUUCUGAAGAAAAACAUUUGUUUUCUCAACUAUCUAUUGCCUUUUCAACUUAGACUAAAAAAAAGCAAGUGAUAAACCACUGAUACAGAUGAUAUAAAACGAUAGCCAAUAAUAACAUCUUUAAAAGCAGAUAGUAUCAAAAUUAGAAAUGUUAUUAAUUUUUUUAAUUAAUAAGUGAGCCCCUGUGAUUAGAAGUGCUUCUAAUCUGUUCUUUGAGGAACACUAAAAUGGAAUGAGUACGUUUUUACACUGUCAUUACCAUUAGUACGCAGUAUAUCGGAUACUUAGUAGUGGUUAGUACUCUUGGUAAAUGAUGCAGCAUAAUUUAAUGUGAAAAAAUUUUAUAAUCCACCUGGCGAAUAAAAUUCACCGUAUAUUAGUAACAAUCUGUUCUAGCUGUUGUUGGAUACUGUGAGGAGAAAAGCACUGCCAGAUGGAACCGAUAAAUAAUAGAGUCCGGCAUAUGAUCAUCCACAUGAAGUUUAGUAAAUGCUAACUGACACAUUACCAGUGAGAAAAAAGAUUAAUCAAUGUUGAAACAACUGAACUAGCUGUUUGCGAUUUAAAAAUAGGCUGGAUUCUUACCUCACUCCUUGUACCAGAUGAAUUAAAGAUAAAGAUGUAAAAACAGAAUGAAAUUGUCAAAGUCAUAAGAAAAAAUACUAAGUGAUUUUAAAAUAGUAAUGUUGGUCAUCCAUCAUCAGUGAUAAUUAUAAAGAGUAUCAAGUGCUGGAGAAAAAUGCUUACAAUAUGACAAUGCGUGGAAAAAACUGAAUCUCAGAAUUGUAUGUUACUUAUGAUUAUAAUACACUGAAUUGUAGCUACCUCAAGACAUUGAUACAGAUAAGAGCUGAAGGGGAAGAUGCAAAAAUGAAAUCAUGUGCUGGUCAUAUUAUGGGUGAUACGUUUACAUUUUAAGAAAAUCUUUCCAUUUUGUUUCUACAAUGAAUUUUCUCAAAUUUGGUACUUACAGGGUGUCUUUGGUCUAAUAAAUUAAGUUAAAAAAAUAAUGUUGACACAGGAAGGUUUUUUUUUUUUUAAGCAAAACUUAAAAGCCAUAGUCAUAAGGAAAGCAUUUUAAAGUUUUAAAUCUUUAUGUAAACCAAUUAUGUAUGGUAAAAUACACCACAAAUGAAGUUAAAAAAAAAAAAAAACCACGAUAAACAGGAAGAAAUGUUCUCAAUAACAGGCCUGAUUUAUUGUACAUGCAAAGACAGCUUAUGAAUCAUUAAGAAAAAUGGACAAAGGAAAUGAACCUGUAAUUCAUAGAAAAAGAAAUAAAAGUGGCUAAUAAACUGAAAAAAAUGUUUACUCUUACACAUUAAGGAAGAGUAAAUUAAAACAAUAGUGAGAUACCAGUUUUAGCCUAACAAGUAGUGAGGAUUAAGAAGUUUAAUAGUAGUGUUUAUGAAGGAGUGGGGAAUUGUCCCCAUAUUCAUACUGUUGGCUGGUAUGUAAUAGCACUACAAGUGUUUGAGAGUGUGAUAAAACGUAUCAAUUUUAAAUGCAUAUAGUCUUUGAACUAGAUAAUCAACUUCAACGGAAUUUUCCCUUCAGAAAUAUCCUCACAUUCAAACUACAUACAAGGAAAUUGAAUCCUUACUCUAUAUGUAAAAGUGUCCUAGAUAAAUUCUUAAAUGAAAGUAAAUUUCAGAACAGUAUGUUUAAUAUGAUUUCAUUUCUGUAAAAUGUAUGUGUGGAUUUGUAUAUGCCUGGUAAAAUUUUACAAUGAUACAUAGGUGCAGUGGCUGCCUCUAGGGACUGAUUCUAUCAAUUUUGAAAGUUUUAAAGAAUAUAAUCCUGUGUGUUGUAACAGAAGGAAAAAUGGAAGUAUUCCAGGAACUUCGUAAGCCAUCAGUACGUUUGGGGUGUGACCACUGCAGUUUCAGGGGCUCUGAUUAUGAAAAUGUACAAAUCCAUAUGGGUACCAUCCAUCCAGAAUUUUGUGAUGAAAUGGAUGCUGGUGGAUUAGGUAAAAUGAUAUUUUACCAGAAAAGUGCAAAGCUAUUUCACUGCCAUAAGUGCUUCUUCACCAGCAAGAUGUACUCUAAUGUAUACUAUCAUAUCACAUCCAAACAUGCAGCCCCAGAGAAAUGGAAUGAUAAACCAAAAAAUCAGCUGAACAAAGAAACAGAUCUUGUGAAAAGCACUCCUCUUCCUGAGCAACAGAAAAUACCCUCUAAUUCAGCAGAACCGAAACCUGCACCUGUCCUUUCUAUAGACACUCAGAAACUUGGCCCAGAAUCACCAAAACCUACUCCUCUUACUCCCCUGGAGCCUCAGAAACCUGGCCCUGUUGUUUCUUCUGAGCCACAGAUACCUCUUACUUCUCCUGAGCCUCCAAAACCUGCUUCUGUUUCUUCUCCUGAACUUCCAAACCCAGUUCCUGCUGUUUCUGAAUCUCAGAAACCUGUCCCUGUUCCUUCUCCAGAACCACAGAAACUUGCUCCUGUAUCUGCUGAACCAGUAAAGAGUACUCUUACUAAUACCAAACCCCAGAAACACUCUCAUUUCCCAGAAACACUGGGGCCACCUUCAGCUUCAUCUCCAGAGUCACCAGUUCUAGCUGCUUCCCCUGAACCUUGGGGGCCAUCCCCAGCUGCGUCUCCAGAAUCUCGGAAAUCAGCCCGGACUGUCUCCCCUGAGCCCAGGAAGCCAUCCCCAUCCGAGUCUCCUGAAUCUUGGAAGUCGUUCCCUGCUGUCUCCUCAGAGCCUAGGAGACCAGCCCCAGCUGUGUCACCAGGUUCUUGGAAGGCAGGGCCACCUGGGUCUCCUAGACCGUGGAAAUCUAGUCCUUCGGCAUCAUCAGGACCUUGGAAGCCAGCUAAACCUGCUCCAUCUGUGUCUCCUGGACCUUGGAAACCAAUUCCUUCUGUAUCACCUGGACCUUGGAAACCAGCUCCAUCUGUGUCCCCUUCAUCCUGGAAGUCUUCGUCAGCAUCCCCUGGUUCGUGGAAAUCUCCCCCUGCGUCUCCUGAGUCAUGGAAAUCUGGCCCACCAGAACUCCGAAAGGCAACUCCCACCUUGUCACCUGAACAUUGGAAGGCAGUUCCCCCAGUGUCUUCUGAGCUCCGUAAAACAGGACCUCCCUUGUCUCCGGAGAUUCGCAAACCAGGCCCACCACUGUCCCCAGAGAUCCGUAGCCCAGCGGGAUCUCCAGAGCUCAGAAAACCCUCAGGGUCGCCAGAGCUUUGGAAGAUUUCCCCUGAUCAACGGAAAACUUCUCCUGCCCCUCUUGAUUUUCCUGAGUCCCAGAAAAGUUCGCGUGGUGGUUCUCCUGAUCUCUGGAAGUCUUCCUUUUUUAUUGAGCCUCAGAAACCUCCCGUUUUCCCUGAAACCCGGAAAGCGGGUCCUUCUGGGCCAUCUGAAUCCCCUAAAGCAGCCUCAGAGAUCUGGAAACCUGUUCUCUCUAUGGAUACUGAGGCUCGGAAACCCGCCCUUUUUUCUGAGCCCACCAAAACAGCCCCAACUGCUUCUCCUGAGCCACGAAAGCGUGCUCUUUUUCCAGAGCCCAGGAAACAUGCCCUUUUCCCUGAACUUCCUAAAUCUGCUGUAUUCUCAGAAUCUCAGAAGGCACUUGAACUUGGGGAUGAACUGCAGGUAGAUGCCAUAGAUGAUCAAAAGUGUGAUAUUUUGGUUCACGAAGAACUUCUAGCUACACCCAAGAGACUUUUAGAAGAUCCUUUAUUUCCUUGCUCGAAGAAACUCAAGAAAGACAACCAAGAGAACUCAGAUGCUGAGCUUAGUAGUAGUGAGUAUCUCAAGACAGAUUUGGAUGCCAUAGAUAUCAAGGGCCAAGAAUCGAGCAGUGAUCAAGAGCAGGUUGAUGUGGAAUCUAUUGAUUUUAGUAAAGAGAACAAAAUGGAUAUAACUAGUCCAGAGCAGUCCAAAAACGUACUACAAUUUACUGAAGAAAAAGAAGCUUUCAUCUCUGAAGAGGAGAUAGCAAAGUACAUGAAGCGUGGGAAAGGAAAGUAUUAUUGUAAAAUUUGUUGCUGUCGUGCUAUGAAAAAAGGUGCUGUUUUGCAUCAUUUGGUUAAUAAGCAUAAUGUUCACAGCCCUUACAAAUGCACAAUUUGUGGAAAGGCUUUUCUGUUGGAAUCUCUCCUUAAGAAUCAUGUUGCUGCCCAUGGGCAAAGUUUACUUAAGUGUCCACGUUGUAAUUUUGAAUCAAAUUUCCCAAGAGGCUUUAAGAAACAUUUAACUCAUUGUCAAAGCCGGCAUAAUGAAGAGGCAAAUAAAAAGCUAAUGGAGGCUGUUGAGCCACCCCUGGAGGAGCAGCAGAUUUAAUUUUUAAACACAGUGUGUGUAUAUGCCCUACAAAGGUGUUUGUUAAAACCAUUCUUUGAAAAUAUAGCUAAUUAAGUAGCCUAAUUGGAUCGGUUAGAUGUUGAUGUGUAUGGUUGUAUUGUGUUAAAUUGUCUUGGUAGUAUUACAGAGAAUAAGUGUUUGGUUAUUUUUUUAUGGUCUGUUUAUGUGGCUGUCUUGCAAAUCAAUAAAUUCUUAACUGUAUAUUCCAGAUGGAUGAAAAUUUCUCAUUUCUUUUAAGUGUGUUUGAAUAAUAAUAUGAAGAGGCAGGCAUUCCAUUUUAACCAUCAUGAGCACGUUGUACUCAAUUUAAAACAUCUAGUAUAUCUUUUUGUGAAACUAAUUUUGGACAGUAGAAGUUAGAUGUUUACGAGUUAGGCUUGAAAAGUUAAUUGGAGAGAAAUUUUGUUCUUUCCUUAAAUGUAUUUUCAGAUCCUGAAAGUUACUUUGAUCAAAGUUUCUGUUUGAUCAUGUAAAAUUAUUUAUAAAUCUUGAACAGUUCUAGAUGUUUAUUAGCUUUUAUGUCAUGGAAAAUUGGAGUCUCAGGGUUGCUGAUUUCUGCUAAAGGGGAAAAUUGAGUACGUUGUUUUUUAAAUAGUAUGCAGCCUUCUUUUGGAGGACAGUACUUGGAAAAAUAGAGUGAAUUCAGGAAGAUAAGAGAAAGGUUAAUAUGAUAGUUUUUCUUGCCCUUAGCUGUAAAACAGACUUUCCAUCGGAGUCUUCCAUUCUGUAUUUUAUCCCAAGAUCUGGCUCUUCACUUCCCUGCCAGCUCAUGCCAAUAGAUGAUCCUUAAUUGCCAAAUGUGUUAGAGCUUGUAUUUCCUACUCCUGGGUCUUAAAUGUCACCUGUUGGGGCUUAAGAUUGGAGGUAUGAGUAGGAACUGAAAGUCUUCCACAUUCACAAUAGAGAAUUUUAUAAACAGAUGUUUCUGUUUCAAAAAUAUAUCACUUUUAUGUUUUUUACAGUUUGUUACUUGUGCCUGUUCAUGGAUAAUUUUAUUCUAAAAUAUUUUGUCAAAUGUGUAUCUAUCCAAUUAAAAGAGUUUUCAUGUCAGCAAAGUCUGUGUUGUCUUUUAAAUAAUUUUCGUUGUACGAUAUUUAACUUCCCAUUCUUUCCUAUUUCCACUUGUUUUCAACAUACUACUUUUCAUUCCUGGGAACAGCAUUUUCUAAGUUUGUUUUCUUUGAGGGGGAGAAAAUUCUGCGGUCACGUAAAUUAAGAAAGCACUGUGUAUUGGUCACUCCUUUGUGGAAAAUCUCAUCCAUGCACAUUAGGAUAUUAAAGGUUCUGAGAAAUUCAGCUUGUGGUUCUCAGCCCUGGCUGUAACUAAAGACAUUUACAGACUGUAGGGGUAUUUGGUGAGUGCCAUAAGGGAUUCCAGUGUGUAGCCAUGAUUGAGAUAACUGGGUUUAAUUUAGGUAUUCACAGACCUUUUAUAAGUAUACUUUUUUUUUCUGACAUCCCUGUUAACAUGCCAGUUUGGAAGACAAUAGGUAAUACUGGGUAGAGUCUUAAGAAGUUUUAGGUCUAACUCUUCUGUGAGUGUAGUCAGGGCAGGAAAAGCACUCUGAGUGGCCUACUGCUGUAAUUGUUGCCAGUUGAUGUGGGCACUUGGAGAAUGAGCUGCUUCAGUUCUGAAGUUUUUGAUGGUGCCAUCAAGGAGAAUGGGUAAGAAAACUUGGAUAUAUAGUUGUCUUUUUUUUUCUUUUCAUCUACACUGACUUGACUAAAAUGGAAGGAGAAACAAGGGUCUCCGGUACCUGAAACACUCUUGAAGCCUGCAGUCUCAAGUCAACCCGGUUAACAUAAUUCUUAGGGCUUCACCCUUUUGGUGCAAGCCUCUCACAGAAUCCUUCCUAGACUUUUGCUCAAGGUGGAGCCAACUACAUCCCAGGACUUGCCAUCUGAUUUUUGCUACAUGUGGAUUUUCUUACAAUGCCCUAAAACGGGGAAUCCUUUGCCAGAGUAAGUGGUGAUGGGGUGUGUGUAGUUUUGGCCUUUCUUAAGACAUUAACUGUUAGAUUAAAGCACUGUCGUCUCCUCUCACCUCACUUUUGUGGUUUCCUACUUUUUGUCCUUUUGUCUGUUUAAAGAUCAGAGUGAGCCAUACCGUUUCUUUAGAACUUGGUAACUUCAUUUAGCCUUGAUACCUUUCUCUUCUAUAUGAUAGCAUCCCUUUCUGAUCAUUUGGAUUGACUCAGUACAUUUUUGUUCUCCGAUGAUUUUUACAUGAUAUGAGAGAGAAUAAAACUAUUGUACUCUUCUACUCCACAUUCAUGGAACUUGAUGCUUUGGGUGACCAAUUUAAUUCUCAUUACUUUUUACUAUUCUCAUUACUUUUACUGUAAGUACAUGAAUUGUGAUAUGCCUAUAGCAGAUUUUGCUUUCAUCUUUAAUAUUGGCAUGGAUUCCAUACAUUUGUCUUGGGUGAAGAUAUUGAAGGAUGCUUAUUAUAUAAAAUAUGCAAGCAUCGCAAAACUGGUAGGGAUACCUUUUGGUUAAAGUACACCCCAGAUCUAAAAGUCCCCGAAAUUGACCUCCUUUCCCAGCUUUGCAAAUUCUGUUCAUGUGUAAUUCUGACUACAUGGUAUAUUAUUUUCCUGUUGCUGCUGUAAAAAUCGCAAAUUUAAUGGUUUAAACAACAAAUAUAUUACCGUUCUGUAAAUCAUUUGGGGGUAUUCCUCUGACCCUGAUCUUGAGAUUGCUGUUAGAAUCAAUGAGACAAAUUUUCAACUUUGAUUAAGUCUUUGUGCAACUGAGCUUAAUUCAUGAAAAGUGCAAGAUUAUAGAUUAUUCAGAGUAUUUUUAAAAAUGUCCCUUUAUUUCUUGGGUUCUUAAAUAUGAAAUGUUCUGGAAAAAUUAGGAAUAAAUACUGUUCAAUGUUUAUAGGUGGUUUUGAGGAAUAUAGAAUAAAAUAUGUAAGAUAAUGGAGCCGUGGUGGUGCAGUGGUUAAGAGCUCAGCUGCUAACCAAAAGAUCAUCAGUUCAAAUCCACCAGCCACUCCUUGGAAACCCUAUGGGGCAGUUCUACUUUGGCCUGUAGGUUUGCUGUGAGUUGGAAUCGACUCGAUGGCAACAGGUGGUAGUUGGUGGUGUAAGAUAAUGAAACUUCUAGGGAGACCACUAACUUUCAUAUACCCUUAGGAAAGCUUAGCCCUGAGUUUUAAGCAAAAUCAGCAUUGGGAAAGAAUUAAAAAUAAGGACUGCCUUUGUGGGCUAAGCAUUGUUCCAAGUGCUUUAUGUGAAUCUCUUAAUCUUCACUGCAACCCUAUUAAUUUGACACUAAUGUCCAUUUCACAGUUUGAAGUUACACAAAAAAUGCAAAUUCAGUCUGAUUCCAAAGCAGACGGUUCAUAAUUAUCAUGCCGUAUAAUGACUAAUUGAUUACUGGAGUGGAUGAGAGUGGCUCAGGGAAUCAAAAACUCCCUCAUAACCCCAAGAGCAUCAGCAUUGCUUUCAUAUAUACUAUUCACACUGUGCAGUGGUUAAGUGCGGCUGCUAACCAAAAGGCCAGAGGUUCAAACCCACCAACCCCUCCGUGGGAGAAAGAUGUUUCCAUAAAGAUUACAGCCUUGGAAACGCUGUGGGGCAGUUCUGCUCUGUCCUUUAGGGUCUUUAUGAGUGGAAAUUGACUCCACGGCAAUGGGUUAUUCACUCUUACCUAAGUCAUCUUCCUUCUUUGUGGGAAUGAUAAAGUUUUCGUGCUCUGUAGGGAUUUUCAUCCUUCCUCACAAGCCUUUAAGUUCAUAGACAGGAAUGAGGCCAACAUUUACUUGCUGAUACUUGUUAGUUG